AUGUUGUGCCCAAACUGCCAAGUUGAAUUCAAUUCGACAACGAAUAUACCUAGAAUACUCAUCUUUUGUGGCCAUACUUUCUGUCAUAAUUGCAUUGAAUAACUACUGAGCUACUCGGAUGACAAUCCAGCCAAUAAAUAAUAGCUUGAAUGCCCUGAAUGCAGCACUCUAAACAUUGCAGCGGAUGGAAUCAAUUCAUUCCCCAAAAAUCUUGUUCUUCUGCAGGUCCAAGCUUAAAGCCAAAUCAAUACUUAAAAUAAUAGCACCAAUAAUAGUCAAAUACAGCCAAGUCAGAGCAAAAAGGAAACUUCAAACUCAGAUAAAAACAGAUAAGAAUCUUUGUUCAGAUAAUCAUAGUAGCAAUAGUAAAAUUAACAAUAAGAGCCGCCUAAAGCUUUAUGCAAUUUGCAUAAUAAAAAACUUGAGGCAUUUUGCGAGAAAGACUUGCAAGUGCUUUGCAUAGACUGUAUACUUUCAGAUCAGCAUAAAUCACAUGAAAUUAUUAGUGUCUAAAAAGCUGCUGAAAAAUAAAGGCAAUAACUUUAUGAUGAAGUUACAAAUGCAUAAAAAACUGAGGAAAAACUCAAAUUCAUAUAAAAUGACAUAAAAAGACAUGUAGGAGAAAUGCAUCAGCAAGCAGAGAAGAAUCGAAAAGAACUUUCCUCAAUUUACAGUUACGUGAGAGAGCUUCUGUUAGAAAGAGAACAAACAUUGAAAAGAUAGAUAAGUGAAAAUCUUACUAGAGAAGAGUAGGAGAGUGAACAGAAGUCCAGCGAAAUCACUGACUUCAUAAGCACCAUAAAUCUUUUGAAAGCAGAAUUAUUAUAGCAGAAUCAAGAAUCGGAAAUAGAAAUACUUUAAAAGGCAAAAUAAAGAACAUUAAUAUCGGGUGAAGUUAAUGGAACUAAAUCUAGGGAGAUUAUUGCAUUUAACUUAGUAAAUCUUUCCUAGGCAUGCUAAUCAUUGAAUGAAAUCAAAAGAGAUCAAGAAUUAACUUAAAUAAGCAAAAUUCUAAAUCCCACUUACAAAGGCCCAGCUAUUGGCCAAACUUUGGGGUAAGCUUAAUCAAAUUUAUAUUAGCAUACUAUGUCAACAGCCAAUAAAAUCAAAAAAGCUGGUACUUAAGUUUAAAGCACAAUUAGCAAUAACUUAAAUGGUUUAAUGCCUCAACCCCAAUUCAAUCCUGUAUUGAUUACAUAAAAUUCUGAUAAAUAAAAAGAUGAAAUAAAAAGAACUUGCUAAAAAUCUAAUCCUAGUAACAAUCCAACAAAAUCUAAAGUAAGCCCUAACAGAAUUCCAAUGAAGCAAUAAACUUAACUUUACUAGCCAAAUAAGAAGCAAGGAGUGACUGUCUUAGAUUAAAAUAAGUAAAAACCUUAAGUAUAGUAGUAACAAUAAUUCAACAAACCUUUGCCAAAGAAUCAAGGAAGCUUCAAUAAUCAUUUGACUAAUCCAAAUCAAAUAAAUCUCUAUAACUAUAACUAGUAUAACUAAUAGUACCUGAUGAACCAAAAUAUGGGCAAUCAGGCAGAUGAUAUGUGCUAAGAUGGCCUAGGAAAUCUUGGAGGUGAUGAUGUCUCAAGCAUUUAUCCAUUAGAAACAAAUGAUAUGUACUACCAGUAUUAAGAUAAUCAAAACACGCAAAGAACUGGAUUAAAGAGGGAUGAAUCUGUAGGUGCCUUGGAAAACAUUCUUGAAAGUCUUAAUAAAAGUGCUAAUCAUGAGAUUAACUCAAAUGAAAUUGAAAAGUAAGGUAACUCGACAGCCUCGGAAACUGGGGGUUCGUAGUAGGAUAUAAUUUCUCCACCUGUUUAAGAUAAUAAGCUAAAAUAGAUAAAGAGUUAAGUGGAAAGUCCUAAGCAAAGAAAGAACAACCCUUGGAAAGCAUAAAAUAAUAACAUAAACAAACAAAAUAAAUCUGGCAAGAAAUCUAUGAAAAAAGAUAACAGCACAACAGACCUAGAAGAUUUUAAGCUGAAUAAAAAUAGGCUUAUUAAUGUGAAUUAGUGCAAUACAGAUGGCAAUUCUCUGCUUAGAGUUCAGGAAGAAAAGAAAGGAAAUAAAAGAAAUAGCAGCUUACAUAGAUACAGCAGCAAUAAUAAUAAUGCAAAUAUCAACAGUGAAAGUCCAUCUGGUUAAAAAGGCAGUUUAGCCUUUAUGAAUCAGUACGAUGAUUAAGAAGUCUAAAAGCUAAAUUUAAUCGCAUGUUCAGUAGAGAAUUUCUAAUACGGCAAUAACAAUAAUGCCCAUUAGCUUCAAAGCUUAUCUCAAGAGAGAGCUAAAAGAAAACAGCAGAAAAUGAAUGAAGUGUUUUCUAAUGAGCAAUCACCUUUCAAAGCUGAAACUUCAAGAUCAAAGGAUUUUGAUAAAAACCAAAUUCUUGACAUGCUGAGCUAAUGCACAAAGAAUAUAGAUUCCAUGAAUUUUAAGCCAAUCUCUAGAAGGUAAAAUCUUCAGUAAUCCAACAGUCAUCAAGAUUCACCAGUAAAACUACAAUCUAUUAAUUCAUCUAAGGCUGCUGUGUGCUUAGUAGAUCUUACUAAGAAAGACGAGGAGGAACAAUAAUAAAUGAGAGUUUUAAGUCCUGAUGAAAGAGAUCUUAUUAGAGAAAAUGAAGAAUAAGAAGGCAAUCUUUCUAAAAAUAUUCCAAAUGCUACUAAUCAAAAAGAUUUAUCCCCAUUUAAGCAUGCUAAAAACAUUCAUCACUCAAACAGUGAGUAAUCUUAUAAUAGUUCUCCUAAUAGAUAGCAAGUAAUGAAAUCAACAGAGAGCCUAGAUAACCUCAUGACUAAAGUCAUUAAGAAUUAGGAUAAUUCAUUAGAAUUAAAGAAUCAGCCAUUCAAUCUAGUUGGUGGAGAGAGUUACCUUCAGCAGAGUGUUUCAGUUGAUACGAGUGUCAGUGAUCCAUUUAGAGCCUUAUGCAGAGUAAAAGAGGAAUUCAUCUUCGUAUUUUCUGGAUUCAAUGAUUCAAAGUUACUUACUUGUGAAGCUCUAGAUAUUUAAAGAGGAACUUGGAAGGAAAUAUCUUAGAUAAGUAAAGCUAGAACUAAAUUCUCAGCUGUCCCUAUAUCAAAAUCAAGGAUCUUGAUAUUUGGUGGAAAAUAAGCUGAUGGCUCAAGAACAGGCGAUAUUGAAGAGUAUAACUUAAAGACUAAUAAAUUCAAGAUCUUACCCUUUAAGCUUCCAAAAGCAAAGUCAGGAUUUUCAUCAUGCGUUAAGAGAGAAGAAGGCAAAAUAUUCUUCUGUGGUGGCAACAGUGGAAGCGUGUUGAAGAAAUUCGAUUGCUUGGAUCUGAAGAAAGGCAAAUGGUCUCGCUGGCCCGAAAUGAUUUAAAAGAGAGAUGAGCUUGCUGUAGCCCUUGGUCCUGAUGGAAAAAUAUACGCAAUUGGUGGAUAUGGAGGUGGCACCCCUAACUACUCUGGAAAUUAAUAAGAUGACAACUAAUAAGAUAAAAACGGAAGUAAUAGCAAGAGUUAAUCUUCUAACUGUUUGAGAACAGCAGAGAGAUUUGACUUUAACACCGGCUAAUGGGAAAUGCUGCCAGAGAUGAAUGAGGCGAGAAGAGCCCUUGCAGCUGUAGCUCUGCCUGAUGGAAUAUAUGCAAUAGGUGGCUAUGAUGGCAAGUAGUAUCUCUCCUCAGUUGAAAAGUAAGUUUCUUAAAAUUCUUAAUUUUCUAACAUUAGGUUUGAUUUGUAAAAGUAGCAAUGGAUUCCUGUAAAGAGCAUGAAUACAAGUAGAUGCACCCUCUCAGCGGUUGUCAGUAGUGAUUGCUAAUUCAUUUAUGCUUUGGGAGGAUUCAAUGGAAAUUCUUUAGAUUUGGUGGAAAGAUAUAAUACAAUGACUGAUGAAUGGGAAUUCGUCACCCCAAUGAUAUCAAAGAGAUUCAUGCAUGAGGCAGUAUGCCUUGUCACACACUGA